UUAGAGCAUCAAAAGAUUCUUAAUAUUUCCAAGCCAUAAAUUCAAAGCUAUGCGAAGAACACUCUUGGGGAGAGUCAAUAACUACCACUACCAGCUAAAACAACAGCAGCAAUCGUAUAAUCUCUUAUCAAUUCACUUAAUCAGCUCAAAUUUCGUUUCUCGAAGCGACAAUGGCAAUAACAAAGUUCCGAAAGAAAGCUUUGAACCAUGGCUCACUCUCGUUUCAACACUAGCUAAAGGAGGCACCGACAUGGACCUUACACUACACGAGGCUUCCAAGAUGCUCCACUCCGGCAUUAAACCAAAUGACUACUCCCUAGUUCACUUGGUUCGGGUCUCGACUGAUCUGGGUAUUGACUCUUACAGCUCACAGCUUCAUUGUUACGUUUUAAAAACUGGGUUUGUCUCCAAUGCGUUUGUUUCUAACGCUCUGUUGAGGUUUUAUAGGCGAAUCGACUCGUUAUGUGAAGCGAAUAAGCUGUUUGUUGAAAUGCCUCAACGGAGUGUCAUUUCUUGGAACUCUAUGAUUUCUGCGCAUGUUCAAACUGGGAAGUUCCGUAAAGCUUUGGGUUUGUUUCUUGAGCUUCAUAGGUCCGAAAUCUGUUGCAACGAGUACUCAUUUACUGCAGCUUUGGCUGCUUGUGGUCAGCUGGGGUUUUUGCAUUUAGGCAAGUCAAUUCACUCCAACGUUUUGAAGUUUGGCUUUGAAUGUGCAAUUGUUGUUGAGAAUUGCUUGAUUGAUUCAUAUGGAAAAUGCGGGGCUGUGGGCGACGCCAUUUUGGUUUUUGACAAUAUGAUUGAUAAGGACAUUAUUUCGUGGAAUUCAGUUUUAGCCGCCUGUGCUAGAAAUGGAAACCUUGAGCAAGCCUUUAGUGUAUGGAGUGAAAUGCCGGCCCGUGAUACUAUAUCUUACAAUGAAUUGAUCAGUGGCAUUGCUCAGUUCGGAAACAUAGAUGAUGCAAUUGGUAUUUUACUCGAUACACCGAGUCCGAAUUCAGCUACAUGGACUUCGAUUCUGACCGGAUAUGUUAAUCGAAACCGACCAUGGGAGGGUCUUCGGUUUUUCAAUGAAAUGCACUCCAAUGAUGCUCAAAUGGACGAGUUCUCAUUUUCAAUAAUCCUAAGCGGAAUUGCAGGUCUCUCAGCUUUAACAUGGGGAAUGUUAACCCAUUGUUGCACAAUAAAGUGUGGUUUGGAUACAUCCGUUGUUGUGGGAAGUGCUCUCAUUGACAUGUACUCCAAAUGCGGGCACGUUACGAACGCCGAGUCUAUGUUCCGAUCAUUACCAAGAAAGAAUUUGGUGACUUGGAAUGCUAUGCUCUCCGGUUAUGCUCACAAUGGCGAUUCAACGAAAGUGAUCCAGCUUUUCAAGCAGCUCAUAACUCAAAGGGACUUGGAACCCGAUUGUGUCACGUUUCUUAACGUGUUCGUCGGGUGUUCUCACAACGAAACGUCACUUCAAUGGGUGUAUCUGUACUUCGAGUCAAUGAUCAAUGAUUACGGGAUUAAGCCCACCGUCGAGCAUUGUUGUUGUCUGAUUCGGCUAAUGGGUCGAGGAGGAGAGACGCGGAGAGCGGGGAGGCUGAUUUAUGAACUCGGCUUCGGAUCUUGUGGUGUGGUUUGGAAGGCGUUGCUCGGUGCUUGCGGAGGUUGUAAGGAUCUGAAGGUGGCAAUGGUUGCAGCAGCAAAGUUGAUUGAAUUGGAGGGCUACAGUGAUUAUGUUUAUGUAAUGAUGUCUAACAUUUUUGCAUACCACCAAAAAUGGGGGGAGAUGAGUGUAAUGAGAAAGCUCAUGAGGGAUCAAAGAGUAAUAAAAGAAACUGCUUGUAGUUGGAUUGAAAUGGAAAAUGUUGUGUGAUAAAAGA